AUGUCUUCUCGCCCAGAUCACGCUCUUCCAAAAUUCGCCCAUUGCCCACCAACAAAUAAGAACCUUAACUUUGUUCAUCUCGAGAACCUAGAUUUUUCUCAGUUUGGAAGCGAAUCCGCCCGUCCUCGGUUAGCUGCGAAGCUGUUGGACGGAGCAAGUCGCCACGGCCUCUUUACCAUCUCUGGCCAUGGCAUCCCCGAGGACCUGUAUGAUUCACAGGUUGACCUUGCCCACGCAUUGUUGACGAUUCCACCUGAAGAAAAGCUGGCAUACGAGACAACACCGGAAGAUGAAGCAAGGAGCCGUUACACCGGCUUUAAGGCAUCGGGUAGUCAAAAGAACAAGCAAGGCUUCCACAAGACUUUAGACCACUACAACAUUGUGGCAAACAAUCUCGACAGCCGUAAACAUCCAAGCAUUCUGGUUCCACAUCUUUCCCAGACAAACGAACUCAUCAACUAUUUCCGCCAUCACUUGAUACCGAAGCUUUUGACUCUUGUGUCCAUGAUUCUGGAAGUACCAAAGGAGAAGUUACUAUCAACACACACCUCCAGUUUGGAAGGUGAGCUUUGCUCCGAGUAUUUGCGCUACCUGCUGUACAAUCCACGCCCUGCCGAGGGAACGGGACAACCCCGAGAUCUUUGGCUGGGAGGCCAUACGGACUGGGGUUCAUUCACGUUCCAGUUUUCCCAGCCUGUUUCGGCGUUACAAAUCCUACUGCCGUCAGGGCAGUGGAAAUGGGUCCAAUAUUUGCCCGGGGCCCUCGUCGUUAAUGUCGGCGAGGCCUUGGAGCUUCUAACCGGUGGAAUCUUUCGAGCGGCGGUGCAUAGAGCUGUCAAACCCCCGCCAGAUCAAGAGAGAGCAAAACGGGUCGGCAUCAUCUACUUUGCCAGGCCUCCUGAUGGCUUAAAGCUUGAGGCUAUCGAUAGCCCUGUUCUUCGAAAAUCUGGUCGUGCUCAGCCACCGAACCAGAACGUAUAUACAAUGUCACAGUACUUGCAUGCAAGAAACCAUGGAUACAAGAGGCUGGAAUUCACGAAGGUCACGAUUGUGAGGGAUGAUAGCGAGUCCUCUGAUGGCUCAGGGCUGUCACAAAUAGGUCGCGAAGACACGUAG